ACAUGCUACGGUUGCCGCGUGAUCGUCUUAGCCACCUUUUUAAGGUCGUUUAUUUCGCCACCAGCCAUUACCUCUUUCUUACCUCUUCCGCAAUAAAUCAAAAUGUCUGAUAAAUCUGCAAUUCUUAUUGGCUCUACCGGUUUAGUCGGGAGUGCCAUCCUUAGACAACUCACCUCUGGUGCAACUUCCUACUCCACCUUGACAACCGUCACCAGACGUGAGGUCCCUUUUCAAUCGCAGUUGUCCUCCCAAAACCACGUAAAGAAUGUCGUUGAGAAAGACAACACCAAGUGGGCCGCGUUAAUUACUGCUGCCAAGCCUAACGUCAUGUACUCCGCCCUCGGAACCACCAAGGCUAUCGCUGGCGGAUUCCCACAGCAAUGGAAAAUAGAUUAUGACUUGAACUUGGAGUUGGCAACGGCUGCCAAGGAUUCGGGUGCUACCACGUAUGUUUUGAUUUCCUCUUCCGGCGCCAGCGCCUCCUCUCGUUUCCCUUACUUGAGAAUGAAGGGAGAGUUAGAAGACCGCGUGCUAGAAUUGGGCUUCAAAAACACCGUUAUUUUGAGACCAGGAUUUAUAUUGGGUGAAAGGGAAGUUAGUCAAGGCUUGGCAAUCAAUAUUCUUGGUGCUGUGGCGGGCUCGGUCCACAAUUCGUUCCUUGCGUCGGCCAUGGGGUACCCAGUGAAGCACGAGGAAAUAGCACUGGCUGCCAUAGAUUAUGCUCUCAGAGUAGAAAGAGGUGCAGGAGAUCCAAAGAAUAAGGGGAUUUUCUUUGUUGAAUCCAAGGAAAUUGCCAGUUUGAGCAAGAAGUAAUGGUUGUUACGAGAGUGCGCUAUGCGUAGGACCUUUUUUCCCAGCUUUUUAUACAACUUAUGACGUCGAUAUCCAUGAAUCGUUCAAUUUGAGGUUAGUUUGUACAUCCAUGGUUUAUGAUGGACGAAUUCCUAGGCCCUAGAAAUAGCGAGAUACUCGCUUUCGAGCACCAUUGAAUAAAAGCUAUGUCUACACAAACGUCUGAGGUCAUGAACAGUAGCUUUUUUUUUUAUUCUAAAUUGUACUGUGUACAUUUACCAAGGUCUUGGUCGAAAAAUCGCAGCUCGAGGUGGUUUUAAACCCGGACUGACUCCGGAUUCGAAUUAGGCUGAGGAUGUUAACGUUGGUGCAACUCAUAUAUAAGCUAUAAAACCCCCG